AUGAAAGACUUGUGGUUCAUUUGUCGUCGACCGGCUAAAAAUACUCUUCUUACACAGGCUAUGAUGUCAAAGCGUUUACAAUGGGCAAAAGAACACCAGAACUGGACUGCUGAAGACUGGAAUAAGGUUUGUUUUUCUGAUGAAUCGUCAGUGCAAAUUUUGUCGGACAAAGCUGUAUUUGUAAGAAGAAGGAAGGGUGAGAAAUUCAAAGAAGAUUGCAUAAUCAAGCGAGUGAAGCACCCAUUCAGCAUCAUGGUAUGGUCCAUAAUAAGCAGCAAAGGCACUGGUGGUCUAUACAUUGUGGAGGGAACGAUGCGGCAGGAUCAAUAUAUCCAGGUCCUUGAGACAAAAAUGCUGCCCCAGGUCCAGGAGUGGUUUCCGAACGGCGAAUUUACGUUCAUGCAUGACUCUGCUCCUUGCCUCAAAGCAAAAAAGGUCACGAGAUUUUUAAAUGCCCAGAAAGUAAAAGUUCUUGACUGGCCUGGGAAUUCGCCGGAUCUCAAUCCCAUAGAGAACCUCUGGGAGUUGUGA